AUUAUGCUUUGAACCACUUCUCAUACAUUUAACCUGUUUCCAUCUCAAUCUUAAUUUUUUAAUGUUUAAUCAAUUUUGAAAAGUUAAACAAUCUUGAAAACCUAGGAUUCUUGGCUUUCUAAGACUUGGGAUUAGUAUUUUCGACACUCAAGAUUACACGUGUAUUGUUCAAAUUUUUUGUCCAAAAACUCACUCCUCCAUAUAAGCAGAUCCAAAGUUUCACUAGUUCAGAUAAAUUUAAUUGACUUCCUUCGCAGUUAUUCCAUCCGAAGUCUUUCCUUUCAACAUUCGGUUUCAAAUGAAGUCUUCGGAGUCAAAAAUGAGGGAAGUCCGGGUUUACAUUGCUGUAUGUGUGGUUGCUUUCGCUAUAUGCGUAGCAGUUGCAGUAUCUGCAUUUUACGUGAUCGUUUGCAGGAGGAAGAAAACGAAGAAGACAAUCCAAAAUUGUUCAUCGUGCAACAAAAGUGUCGAUUUGGAGCUCCAGAAGUUGAAUUUAAGUGUAAGAACUGCAAGUGAAAAGAAAGUUUCUUUCGAAUCCUCUUCCCAGAUCGAAUCUUUGGAUGAUCACUUACUCCCCACCACUCCAGGCAAGCUGUCAGCGGUGGUGGUGGAGAGUUACACCGUUGAAGAGCUGAGCUCAGCCACCGCCGAAUUCUCCUCUGCCAACCUUAUCGAGGGAUCAGUCUAUCAUGGCCGCAUGAAGGGAAAAAAUGUCGCCAUCAAAUGCACAAAUCCCGACACCAUUUCCAAGAUCAAGUUCGACCUCUUCCAUACUGCUGCCCGUUUUCACCCCAAUAUAAUGAGGCUACUCGGUGUUUCCUCAGGUAUGGAUAUCCAUGAUACAGGUGAGUUCUUGGUAUUUGAAUACGCAAAAAACGGAUCAUUAAAAGACUGGAUUCAUGGUGGUUUAGCAAUAAAGAGCCAUUUCAUUGCUUCAUGUUCUUGUUUCUUGACAUGGAACCAAAGGCUAAAGAUUUGUUUGAAUAUAGCUACAGCCUUACAAUACAUGCAUCAAAUAAUUAACCCUAGUUACGUUCAUCGAAACAUCAAGAGUCGGAAUAUUUUUCUUGAUGAAGAAUUUAAUGCCAAAGUUGGUAACUUUGGCAUGGACGAAUGUGUUGGAGAAGGAAUAUAUCCCGAAGAAGUGCCUGCUUCGGGAUAUCUAUGUUCUAGUUUUCCCAUGACAUGGGAUAAAGGUUAUAUAGCACCUGAAUAUGAAUAUUCAGGUGUAAGUACUCCGGACACUGAUAUAUACGCUUACGGGGUUGUUUUACUUGAAAUAUUAUCUGGUAAACCGCCAAUUAUGAAGGGUAAAUCGGAGAAUAACGAAGAAAACGUUCGGUUAUCGGAAAUGAUUAAAGUUAUACUCAAAUCACCUAAUAAUGAGGAGAAGUUGAAGGAAUGGAUGGAUAAUGUGUUUGGAGAGAACUAUUCGUUUGAUGUAGCAAUCGCGUUGGCUAAUCUUGCAAGAAGUUGUGUGGAUGAUGAUCCGUUGAUGAGGCCGGAUGCUGGAGAAAUUGUGGUGAAGUUGUCGGAGUUGGUGAGGGGAGGGGAGGAGCAAGUCAUAGUCCGGGAAAGUUCUUGUAGGCCUCUUGUGGCACAGCCGUUUGCAAUUAAAGAUGUAAAUGAUUUUUAGUUAUCUUAUUUGUAUUAAUUCAUGUAGUUUCAAAUAAAGUUUAAGUUAUCAUAUGUUUGUUCUAAUUAAUUUAUAUAUUUA